GACGCGGCGGGCAUGGCGGCGGCGGGGGCACGGCCGGGGGACGUGUCGGGCCGCUCGGGAUCCGCGGUCGGCGCUCGGCGCUCGGAGCCGCCGUCUGACUAGUGCUCGCGCCCGCGGCGGCGCGGCGGGCCCUCGGGGACAGCAGCGUGGCGGCCAUGGCGUAUCACUCGGGCUACGGAGCCCACGGCUCCAAGCACAGGGCCCGGGCGGCUGCCGAGCCCCCGCCCCUCUUCGAUGACACAAGCGGUGGUUACUCCAGCCAGCCAGGGGGAUACCCGGCCCCCGGAGCCGAGGUGGCCUUCAACGUCAACCACUUCCUUGGUGACCCCAUGGCCAACGUGGCCCUAGCCUAUGGCAGCUCCAUUGCAUCCCAAGGGAAGGACAUGGUGCACAAGGAGCUGCACCGUUUUGUGUCUGUCAACAAACUCAAGUAUUUUUUCGCUGUGGACACAGCCUAUGUGGCAAAGAAGUUAGGGCUGCUGGUCUUCCCCUAUACACACCAGAACUGGGAGGUACAGUACAGUCGUGACGUGCCUCUGCCCCCACGGCAAGACCUCAACGCCCCGGACCUCUAUAUCCCCACAAUGGCCUUUAUCACCUACGUGCUGCUGGCUGGGAUGGCAUUGGGCAUUCAGAAAAGGUUCUCCCCAGAGGUGCUGGGUCUGUGCGCCAGCACGGCACUGGUGUGGGUUGUGAUGGAGGUGCUGGCGCUGCUCCUGGGCGUCUACCUGGCCACCGUGCGCAGUGACCUGAGCACCUUCCACCUGCUGGCCUACAGCGGCUACAAAUAUGUGGGAAUGAUCCUCAGCGUGCUCACGGGGCUGCUCUUCGGCAGCGACGGCUACUACGUGGCACUGGCCUGGACGUCGUCCGCGCUCAUGUACUUCAUCGUGCGCUCUUUGCGAACAGCAGCCCUGGGGCCCGGCGGCAUGGGGGACCCGGCCCCCCGGCAGCGUCUCCAGCUCUACAUGACUCUGGGGGCCGCAGCCUUCCAGCCCCUCAUCAUCUACUGGCUGACCUUCCACCUCGUGCGGUGACCCCCAGCCUCGCGGGCACUGCCCUCCUUACAUUGAAGAUCUGGUUGCCUUGA